GAGUAGGUAUAAUAUUUAAGGGAGAGUAUAACAUUGGACUUCAGUUUCUCUUCAACUUUUGCUGAAGGAACAUCAAGAAGAUGGCUGUUCCGUCGCUAUUCGCCGUUUUCAUUUUUGCAAUUCUUCAACAAUCAUUGACUGCAUUUGUUAAUAGCAAUGCUUGCCAGACAUUGACAGUAAACAAUGGAAAUGUGAGAUACACUGGAUCCAAUGGAAUUCAAAAAUUCAGUUUUAAUUGCGAAAAUGGAUUUUCUCCAAUGGGCAGGACUUUUUCUACGUGUUUGAAUGGACAAUGGAGCAAUCCCAAUCCGUUCUGCGUUGAUAAAAGUUCCAUAAAAGUUGUUGAAAAUGGAUACAUGACAAUGAGCGCUGACAAUAAAUACAAUAUCGCAUGCAAUGAAGGUUUCAUACUUUUGGGAAAUAAUGAAUUUAAACUUGAUGGUAGUUCCUCGUCAAAAUGUAUCAAAACUAUUGUAAAUGAGAUUAAAAUUAAUUUCGCUAAUGGAGUCUACUCAGUUUCUGAGGACAAACUUACUUAUGACUUUCAAUGUAAUCCCGGAUUCCAAAUGUACGGACAGCCAAGAAUUCAGUAUAUUAACAAUGCUUGGACUGGUGCAGUUCCUAUUUGCCUUGAAAAAGCCGCCACAACCACCAGUCAACCAAUCACACAAAAUAUUCCAAUAGUUGUUACAGAAAAUAAAAAGGUGGAAAUAAAUUUCGUAAAUGGAAUCUACUCAGUUUGUGAGGACGGACGUACUUAUGAAUUUCAAUGUAAUCCCGGAUUCCAAAUGUACGGACAGCCAAAAAUUCAAUAUAUUAACAAUGCUUGGACUGGUCCAGUUCCUGUUUGUCUUGCAGAAAAAACAGCCGCACCCAGUGUACAAGUGAUUCCUGUCAAUGUUGCCACCGUUGCCACACAACAACCACCAAUCACACACAAUAUUCCAAUAGUUGUUACAGAAAAUAAAAAGGUGGAAAUAAAUUUCGUAAAUGGAAUCUACUCAGUUUGUGAGGACGGACGUACUUAUGAAUUUCAAUGUAAUCCCGGAUUCCAAAUGUACGGACAGUCAAAAAUUCAAUAUAUUAACAAUGCUUGGACUGGUCCAGUUCCUGUUUGUCUUGCAGAAAAAACAGCCGCACCCAGUGUACAAGUGAUUCCUGUCAAUGUUGCCACCGUUGCCACACAACAACCACCAAUCACACACAAUAUUCCAAUAGUUGUUACAGAAAAUAAAAAGGUGGAAAUAAAUUUCGUAAAUGGAAUCUACUCAGUUUGUGAGGACGGACGUACUUAUGAAUUUCAAUGUAAUCCCGGAUUCCAAAUGUACGGACAGCCAAAAAUUCAAUAUAUUAACAAUGCUUGGACUGGUCCAGUUCCUCUUUGCCUUGCGUCUGUACAACAAGCACCAACGACAGAGAGUAUUCCAAUCAGAUCAGACUUACCAAAAACAAUUCCCAAUGGAAAAGGAAAAAUGAAUAUUGACGGUUCUAUUACAUUUGAAUGUAAUGUUGGAUAUUCUAUGUAUGGAUAUCCAGUUGUUCAACCACAAUCAAACCAAUUUCCAGUUUGUGUUCCUACCAAUGAUUUGGUAAUUGAAAACGGAAGAAUUGAAGUGCAAAUUGUUUCUUCUGGUUAUGAAUUGCUUUACACUUGUAACGAAGGCUUCCAAAUUUCUUCUGACGAGAAUGGCAUGCCUCCAACUGGACAGCAAGUCAACAGUAAACAAACAUGUGUUCCCGCUUGUCCAAUUCUCUACUUCAAAAACGGAUGGGUUGAAAGUAACAAUCAAUCAAGAACUGCACAUUUCGGCUGUUGCGAUGGAUUCCAAAUUCAAGGACCAACUGAAUCAACUUGCGUUAAUGGCCUGUGGACAAGCCCAACUCCCCAGUGCAUUCCUCUCUGCAAAACAAUUAAUUUAAUGAAUGGUCAAGCCACUUACAACAGGGAUUCAACAACAUUCACCUGCAAUCCUGGUUAUUAUUUAUUAGGAGCAAAAGAAACUGUCUGCAAUAAUGGAAAAUGGAUGGAUGAUACUCCAAUUUGCGUUCCCAAUUGUCCAAUGCCAGAAAUUGUGAAUGGAGACAUUAUUCCGGACGUGAAACAAAAUAAUUUCAAAAUCGUCUGUCAUAAUGGUUUCGAACUUUUUGGAAGCGAUGAAAUGUCCUGCGUCUAUGGACAGUGGUCUCAACCUGCUCCCAUUUGCGCUGCCGACUGCCAACCUCUUCAUAUUAAUAAUGGAGUUGCUCAAAAUGUUAGGAAUUCAAAAGUAAUUCGAGUACAAUGUAAUUAUGGUUAUGUACUCAAUGGUACGCAGGAGAUUAGCUGCACCGGUGGAAAUUGGAGUGCACCACCUCCAACCUGUAUUUCUUUGUGCGAGGCUGUACACAAUUAUGGUCUCCAAGUUGACAGGCGAGAAUUACUCAAGUUCAAUUGCAACUUUUAAAUAACUUGUUAUUAUUUUAACAACAAUUCUAAUCUACAAAGAGA